AUGUGCGGCCAUGAUGAAACCAUUUCCCACAUUACAUCACGUUACCUGCAUCUCAUAACCACUGUCAGGCAGAAGCUCGGUUUACCAUUGAAUGCCCAAAUCUUUCAGAUCACAAUGAAAGAUGCAGAUGGCUCAGACUUAACGUACUUAGUCCCUGCUCCGGUUGCAACAGGACUCUCCCCCACAGGGCGCAAUACAUGUGGAUUCUCUGCAUAUGAUACCAAGGGAGAUUGUGUUGUGUUCUUGAAGGACACAUGGUGUGUCCUUUUGCCGGACAUCAUUCCAGAAGGGGAUGUAUACAAGCAUCUGAAUGAGAAGCACGUUCGACACAUUGCAACGUGCCUAGCCUCUGGUGAUGUUUUGGGUGGCUCGAAUGCACAUACCACCCAAACUGGUUGCUUUAAGGAUGUGUCAUGGGCCCGUCCUACAGGAGCUAUUCUUAUAGCUCAUGUUCACUAUCGCCUCGUUCUUAAUAUUGUCACUACCCCAAUCACAUCAUUUGUCAGUUCUCACCAAUAUGUGAUUCUCUCCAUUCUCGGGCGAUGGCCAUCUCAUUUAAUAUUAUCUCUAGCUCAUCAGGAUGCAUAUGAGGAUUGCAACAUCUUACAUUGUGACCUCAGUGUAGGUAAUAUCAUGGUGCAUGAGAACGAAGGUAUUCUCAUAGACUGGGAUCUUGCUAAAUUGACUCGGGACUCGGGGCCAAAACAAAUUACUAGAACUGGGACAUGGCAGUUCAUGUCUGCUUGCCUUGUUGCCAACAUGAACACAUCUCAUGACUUCCAGGACAACAUGGAGUCAAUGCUAUAUGUGAUCUUAUGGAUCAUGUUCAUCUUCACAGUAUCUUGUAUCAGUGAUGCUCAGUGA